UUCAAAGAGAAUUUACUUUUUCGAUUUCAUUCCAUCACGUUCUGAGUGUGACAUUCAUAAAUAAUAUCUCAAUAUCGACAUAGGUAUUUUAUUAAUUUUAAUUUUGUUCUGGAAAACACAGGAGCACAAAGCUUGAAGGCACAACUUCCGCCAAUUUUGACAAGUUUCAGUUCUAUACGGGUACAUUCAUAAGGAAAAUUUCAACGAAUUCGUUUAAGGUCAUUCCAGUCUGUAUUUACGAUAAAAAUCAUCUCCAUAAUGAGUGAGCAGAUGGUCAAAAAUCAAAACAACACCGACGUCGAUAAGUCACAUGAUACUGACUCUAAAGUGACUGAUACACCGCAUCAAUUUGCUGUUGCUUUAGACGCAAUUUCCCUCGGCUCUGACGAAUGUCAGAUUCAUUCACCAAUUUUCAAGCUGAUCAACGAUUGUUGGGAACUAAUCUUUGAUUGGUUAUCACUGGAAGAACUGCAUUCGUUUGGUCGAACGUGUAAACAUUUCCAACGACUAACUGGCGAAUAUUUCAAGUGGAAAUAUCAAAACGUAAAGUGUAGUCUGAACAACCACAACUAUAGAAACGUAGAUUUUGGUGUGAACGAUAGCAAUGUGAGGUUUGAGUACAUUGAUGGGAAGGAAUUGGUUGGUUUUAUUCCAUUCAUCCAAAUAUUAAUGUUGUGCAACCUCAAACUGGACGCAUCAUUCCGUUACGUUGUAGAAAAUAUCAAAUCAAUAAAAUCCAUGAGUUUUUGGAAUGCUCGUUUCGUAGACCUUGAUCUUAAAAUGAUGAAGAACAGUCUGAGUAGCGUUGAAGUGGUAAAAUUUUUAACUACAUGUAAUCUUGAUGGUACAUUUUUCGAAACAUUUCUUAAAUUAUGCGUGAAACUAAAGCGUUUAACAAUCGAUACAAAUGCAGGGAAUACUUGGUUACUCCAUAAAUAUCCGACAUUAAAAUAUUUGAAACUAACUCAUUGUGAUACAUUGGUUAAUGGUGAACUGACAACAUUUUUUCAACAAAAUCCGAAUGUACGUAGUUUUUCGACUACCGAAAAAAUCCUUAUGCAACAUCGUGACUCAUUUAUUGCAAAUAACAUUGAAUUGGAUGACCUGACAAUUUUGGGGGUGGAUGAUAUGAAUGAAUUUUGUGUUGUGAUGAACGAUCUGUAUCGACGGGGUGUUUAUAAACGUUUACACUUGAAAACGGCGACGACAGAAUGUUUGGAAAAUUUACCGGGACUUGUAACCUUGCAUAUUGAUACAUAUGAUUACGUAGAAAUGCCAAAAUUGGAUGGUGUGACGGAACUUGUGUUCCAACCACAUAAUAAUGGACCAGCUUGUAGGAUGAAUAUGGAGGAAGUGUCAAUGAACUUGAAAAAUCUCGAACGAAUUUUCACACCUGAAACAAAUGAAGAGUAUAUGAAUGCAUUUAUCCGGAAUUCGGCAAAGCUGAAGGAAAUAAAAACGGAUGCCAUUAGUCAAUACGGAGACUACGGGAGAUUCUACGAACGUAUUAACGUGGUAGCCAUGAACAAUGAACGGAAAAAAUUAAAUGGCGCGCAUAAGGUUACAAUCUACCUUGAGGAGAAAGAUUAUUUGGCAAAAGACCAUGAGGAGAGAGAUUAUUUUUUUAUUAAAUGGAAGCAUAAUAAAACAGAUUUUGGUUUGAUUGAGGUGAAACGCAAAGAAUCGUAUGAGGGUGUUUGGGAUCACACAUUUGGUCGUUAUUAAGAGAGGAAGUUUGUUUACAACAAAGUUUUUUUUAUUGUUAUUUAUAUUGAAUAUGAAGACAAAUAAAAUAGGAUGAAAUAAAAAAGAAAACUUUUAUAUAGAUCCGUUUGAAGCAGAAAAAUCACUUUCAAACGAAAUUAAAAGAAAAAAACAACAACACUAAUAGUACAACUACGAAAAGAACAGUAAAUGUCAUGACUUCUUUUAAUAUUAAUUGGUUAAAUAAAGUAUACAUUAGGGUGUUUCUCAUAUCUGAAAAUAAAAAAAUGGUAGUCGUUAAUUAAAAGUGCAAAAAAUUCUAAGACAAAUCAUGACAUUUACACAAAGCAUCGACUGAUGGUCACGCUUCCCGAAGCAAAAAACUGUUUUCAAAAUUGAAUGUUACUUACAAAGAAAAAACGCCCCAUUUGUACUCCUGCGCAGUCAACAACAACCAAAUGGGGUGUCAACCUUUUGCUACGCUACUAUCCCACAUGGUCGGGAUAGCCUUAAUAACUAAUGUUACAAUUGUUUUUUUUUUGUUUGCGUUGUGCUGAUUAGACAGCAUGAUCAGCUGGCUGCUGGUCGUACUCGAACAUUUCUACAUCAUUAUCUACGUUGGCGGCAGCAGCAGCAGCUGCUUCAGCGACAUCAGCGGCUACUUCGGCGGCCUCAGCGACAGCAUCGCGGGCUUUAUAUCUAUUGAUCGCAUCCGGUAUCGGAAGUCCUAGCAAUGUCCAUAGUCCUGAAAAAUCAAACAAAUGAAUCUUCUUAAGCAAUCAUUCAAUCGCAAUUGUAUCGUCAAUUAGCCUUACCUUUCAGCAGAAUGUUCUUAGCAGCCACGACGUCACGAUGCCAAGUCACAGAGCAUUCGAGGUUUAAUUGCCAGUUUUUAUAGUAACUUUUUACUUUUGACAAUAAAGGCUCGUUUUCUUCCAAUGCUUCGUUCAUGGCGCGUUGCAACAAUCGAAAUUCCGAUAGAUCCUUCUUGCCCAACUUUGACACAAUUUUUAUUGGCAGCAAUGUUCUGGCGUCGGGUAUGCACCGGCAUUUCUUGAAUCUGGCCGAUUUGGGCUGGUUUUGGAAUCGCUUCAUACAUCUUGCGUCUGUUUGAGAUGAUCCCCAUUCGUCCACCAGCUCUAUGGCACAAUCUCGACGUUUGUUUAUUGACCUCAAAGUCAAACGAACCCCUGGACACCGCACGUGCUUUUUGAUACUUAUUCGGCUGUCAGGUGGUACUUCGCCAUCAGCACCAAAAAGAAACAAAGUCGGCUGCUUAUCGGUAACCUUUUCCACCCAAUUGUCGACAACACUACUACUUUUGAUGUGUUUGUCCAAGGCGAGUCGAGUGUACUUGGCAGUCGAGUAAGCGCAGAUUCCAUGCUUCAUCAUCUUGAUUCGGUGCUUGAUGUAGUCCAGCCAAUGUGACCCUUUUGGUGAUGGCAUCACCGGGUACAGCUCACGGUUCUCUCUGUCUCGGCGCUCCUCUUCGGUAAACUUUUUGGUCCAACGCUUUGCUUUGGCAUUUCGCACGUUUUGGCCUGUUUUCCAGUGAAACUGCUUACUCGACAUUACGAAGUUGGUCUGAAAAUAAAUAAAUGAAUAGUUAUUGAAUUUUAGCACUUACGCGGUCUAUCUUCCAUUGAUACAUAUACAACAUAAAUGUAAAAACUUACUUCGGUGCCAGUUAUAAUGUUGUGUGUCACUGUGGUGUUCCAACUUUUCAAGCCUGUAUCAACGCCUGCAAAAUUUUCGAAUUUGCCAUCCAAAAUCAUUUCAACGAUGCGAGAACGGUCGUAUUCUGUGUUAUUCGUCUUCUUUUUGGCCGAGUAUUGCAGAGACACAGCGAUUCCAUCGGUGUUUAUGGAAAAAUCAAACUUCUUUUUUCCACGCACGAAUCGCCGAAUUUUCCGCAUGUAGAAAUACUGAUUCCACCAAUGAUCACGCGCAGCGUUGAAAUCCUUUUGUGGAAGAAUUACCAUGCUUGUUGUUCCGUUUUUGUUUUCAACUUCCACUUUCGGUAGCAAUUCUUGCGAAGACAACACUUGGUGCAUGCUUGAACAAUCGAUUUUGUAGUGCUUUCGGCGAAAAUCACACAUCGGCACCACUACUAAAUUCCGGAUGAAUGGCCGAAAGUUUGGAUCGUCGAGCAUUUGUUUGCGCUUGGGGCGACGCUUUGACUUUUUGCGCUUUCUUUUCUUUCGUUUGGAUCGGUGCUGAUAUGGCCACUCCAAGUUGUACUCUUCUAUCUCGCGUUGCAUAGAUAGGAACAUUGGCAUGGCCUUAAACCAAUGUUCUUCGUCAGUCGUGAGGUCAUGCAGAUCGAUUUCUGGAAACACAUUCAGGUCGUUCACCAUGUCAUACAAAAAGCCACACCGUUCGAGUUUGUUUGGAUCGUGAAUUGGCACUCUGAUGUUUUUUUCUUUGAUGAUCAGUUUUACAACACUUUCGAUGUCACUUUGCAAAAAUUUCUCUGCGUCCUCUUCUCCGUCUGUGUUCAAUUCGAACACUUUUAGUCUCAAGUACUGGGUGAUCUUUUUGUCAGGAUGCGUUGUUGAGUUGGUGACGACGUUGUCUGUGUAUUGAUUGGUGAUAUGCUUUAGGCCAUUGCUGAAAUCAUUGUUGUUGGGCCAAUCGAUACCAUGAUAGUCGUCAAGACCUAAAAAUAAAAUAUGUUUUUCAAAUUCAACUAAAUUGUGUACUGUGUAGUCAAAACUCGCUAUUUUAUAAGGAGGUUUAAUUGUUUAAUAAAUCAACUAUUUUUAUUUAUUACCUUCGACAAUUGCUUUGAAUUCAGGGUCGAUAGCUGGCAGCUCUGGUCGUGGUCCUCGUGGCUUUUUUCCUCGUGGUCUGUACGUCGACUUUUUCGGUUUCGGUGGCUGAUUGUUUUGCCAUAGCACUUGGUUAAAGCAGAGUUGGAUCUUUUUUUCUCCACUUCCACCAAAGAAUGCGAAAUCAUUAUUCUCAAGGCCUAUGCUCGUACGCCUUUUGCACCUCGAACAAGAACAGUAAUGAGCCCAAAAAGGAAAUUGAAGUGGCUUGCAAACUCAGGUCCGUUAUUUUGCUCAUCAAUGCUUGCUGGAAUUGUGGGCGAAUGAUUGUCUUCAGCGCACAUUUGAUCGUCGUAAUCUCAUCCUUCGUUUCUCCCUUCGCUGGUAUGGAUGGCUUGAAGCGAUUCGCCAUUUUCCUAUUGAAAAAAA